AUGUCCUGGGUCAUUCCCGGAGUGCCCGGAUUGUGCCAGCGGCCAAUCGGCACAGGGCUUCCCAGGCCGAGCCGAGGCCCAUGCUGCUCCAACAGAAAGCGCCCCAGCGGGGAGCAGGCUGUCUUGCCUUUGGCUGUGGCAGGCAUUGCCUGGCAAAGCAUUGGUUGGAAAGGUGGGCUGCGAGUCGCGAAUCUCGGACGGCGAAGUGGGGGAAGCUUGCGGAGGAAGGCUGUGCCGGUGGAGCUCGAUGGGCACAUCGUCUCGCCAGUGGCAGGGAGCCCACACCGCUACACCUUGAUCUACCUCCAUGGUCUGGGAGGGAGUGGUGGCAGCUAUGUAUCCGCCGACAGCGAACUGGAGCUGCCUUGGCGGUUAGGUGACUCCUAUGCCCCUGGACUCCGUGCGGUGCUGCCGAGCGCGCCACACCUGAUGCAGCCAUGGGGUGAGGAGCUGGCUUCGUGGUAUGUUUACAAGGCUCUGACCAGCAAUGAGGUGGCCGACCCGGACAGCCUGCGAUUUGUCCGGCAGGCCUUAGAUGAGGUAGUCCUGAGCGAGAUCGGACGACUGGAUGGAGACGGCCGCCGCGUAUUCCUUGGUGGCAUCUCCCAGGGAUGCAACAUGGCGCUCGAUGCCUACCUACGGCUAGCAUCCACGCUGCACAUUGGUGGCUUUGUUGGUAGCGUCGGCUUCCUGCCCAGCGACCAGCAAGGCUUUCCUGGCUCCGAUGAAGCACUGCGGACACUCCUCGAGGACAGCCGGCAGGUGCUUCAGCCGGUGUGGCUACAAACAGCACCAGAGGACACGGAGGAAGUCCCAUUUGACCUUGUGCAGUCGUCUCUGCAGCGAGCGCUCAGCAGGCCUGACGGAUGGCCAGGUUUGCAGCUCAAGGAGGUCGAAGGGGUGGGCCACGACAUUGGCCAAUUCGAGGCAAUCAUCCUCAACGAGUUCUUGCGCCUCCAUGCAAGUGACACCUACUUUGAGGUGGAGGGCCUGGAGUGGGAUGAAUUCGAUGCCCAGAUCGAAUUAGAUGUGGGGCCGCCCAUUCCCGGCAUCAACGCAUGA